AGAGGUACAAUGUUGUGUGAAGUCCUGUAGGUUGACGCUCCAUGGAGGCUUGUACUGUAUAUACACAUGGAGCGCCCGCGUAGACUGCAGAGUGUCGUGGUUUCGAAUCCCACCCAGGACAGCUCUUCUUUUUUCCUUGGAAAAAAGAAGAGCUGUCCUCGGUGCAGUUGACUUGUUUGUUGUGCCUUUGCCUUUCUACCUCGUGUUUGACAGAGUUGACACAUGACAUGUCUUGUGGGCUGCUGUUUAUUGUGCUCUUUACAUACUUGAGAGUAUUGUGGCGUCCUAUAUAAUGUAUAAGUGGACGCUCCCUGCAUUAUACUCUUCACAUACUUGAGAGUAUUGUGGCAUCCUAUAUAAUGUACAGGUGGACGCUCCCUGCAUUAUACUCUUCACAUACUUGAGAGUAUUGUGUAUGUAUAGGUGGACGCUCCCUGCAUUAUGCUCUUCACAUACUUGAGAGUAUUGUGUGUGUAUAGGUGGACGCUCCCUGCAUUAUGCUCUUCACAUACUUGAGAGUAUUGUGGCAUCCUAUGUAUAUAUGUACAGGUGGACGCUCCCUGCAUGUUGAGGAAAGGCCUCCCGAGAGCUUUCCCCGGACUGGAGGAGGUGAAGGGAGAGUCCAUCAAGGAAGGAACGCAGUACAGAAGUCGUGUGUUUGUGGCUCCGAGAGAACUGGUCCACGAGGUGAUGAUGUACAUCCAGAACGGCCGUGGAGGUGUCCAUCCACCGAUAAUGCAAGCUCCGCCUACAUCAGCCCCCUACCAUGUCCAAUAUCAGGCCAUUGCCCCUGGGCAAAUGGCUCAAUUUACUCAUCAGGUCCAGAGUCCUCCACAGGUGAUGUCGAACGGCAUCAAUUCGUCUCCCCACAUGUACUACAACACUCCAGAGAACCACCCUAUAAAGUUGGACCCAGAUUUCAUGGUGGACAGUCCAAGUGCCAGUGACACCCAGUCGCCUUACUACGUGGUUCCUCAGCACUCUGGCCCUGGACCUUUCAUCUCCACUGCACAGGCUGCUGCAGGCAAUUUGGAUGGGAUAGACCCUGGUCUAGCCGAUGCUCUGGCUGGCAACCACCACAGUCCGAGCAGCACUAUUUACUCUGACCCUCCAGAUAGCGCCAGUCCGUACCAGCAACAACCGUCACACGACGUACUGCAGCUGCCCCCAGGGAUUGGUCCGGGAAUGGUAGGAGAGGGAGGGUGGAUCAGCCCCAACUCUCACUCACAGACCAACUCCCCGCGAUACUCCCCCGACCCGGGAGAAAUGGUCGCCGCUGUUGGAGGAGGAGGAGCCAGUGGCGGGUUGAGCUACCCUGUCAACAGUAUGGGAGUGGUGAUGAACCCUCAGCCACCGCACAGUGCUGGACCCAUGUCUGCCGUAGUUAGUCCUCCAAUGCAGCAGAGCACUAUGGGGGGUCUCAUAAGCGUGAAGGUCGUGCCCGACCGGAGUCCGUUGGAGGGUGGAGGGCAGAUGGUGCUGGUGUUCUACAACGAACUGCCACCAGGCAACAAGUUUGUGACGUUCUUCUCUCAGAAGAGAAACACCAGUAUAACUGUCGAUACCACUCAGGAGAACGCGAUGGUUCUUUAUGCACUCAUUCCAAGGUACGACUGCCCAGAAACAGUGGCUCUCCAGGUCUACUGUGAAGGACGUGUUCUCGCACAAACAGAGUUCACCUUCUAUGCCAAUACCCAGUACCACUCUGACCAGCUCUUCAGCUAUCUCGUCCAGAACAUGCCGCAGUACUUCCAGAUGGACGACAUUUCAGGAGCGAUGGGAGGAGCUGAUGGUGGGAUGGGUGGCGGUGGUGCUAGCGGUGCCGGAGGUGGAGGGUACGGGUACUAUGGCAACGUCCCAGCCUCCAUGUACGGUCUCCUGCUGGGAGCCUGUCGUCUCGGUCUCGAGCCCCUCGUCUACCACACUCUGAAGGUGACAAACAUGUCCAAGAUCAGCGGGGAGCAGCUGCAGAAGGCGUUCACUUGCUCGCAGGAACACGGGCACCAGAACCUUGCCAACUGCCUCAAACACCUGGUCCGGUUCACCACCUUUGUCACUCGUGGAGACUCUCCUGUAGAUUCAGUGCUGGCAGAAGGUUCUGAGAAAUACCUUGAGAAACUUAACAUGGGUGGAGAGGACCCAAUUGCUACGUCCCACAUGAUCCUCAAAUCAAUGUUGGAGGCCUCUCGCAGUGUUCGCUCCAUACCCACUCCCUCCCCCUCCGCCUCCCCCUCCCCCUCUCCCACCCACUCACCAGCUCACCACUCUCCCUCCUCCACCGUCACACUCCCUUCCCCCUCCCCUCCCUCUCGUCGAGUUUCAACCACCACCAAACUCCAGAAACAAGACAGCGUCAAAGACCCAGAUGAAGACCUUGCUGACACAGAUUCGACCCCGACAGCCACCAACCUUGGGUUUCUCGGUACAGGGAGUCUGGACGGCACCGGGAACCAGCGAGGAGAGCACCUCGUCCCUCGCGGCGGCAGUGGCAGUGGUACAAACAACAGUGGCUCCAUCACUCCCACCUCCAUCCUGGACAUGGAGCUCAAGGACUCGCUCCCGCCACUGCAGCCCAGAGCCGAGAGGCUGAGCAUGCGUGGCACACGUUCGCACCGUCUCGUAAAUGCCCACUCCGAUGACACCGACUCUGCUGUGUCAAUGUCGUUUGACCGUACGUUUGAAGACCACGACCUCCAGAGAGAGAUUGAGCGAAGGAUGAGCGGGACGUUUGCCUCCUCCGGACUCUUCUCCCUCAACAUGAGUGACACCGAGAAAGCAGUGGACGUCACUAUUGAUCCUGCAGCCUCUUAUGGAUUUGCCAGCUCUCUGCAGUACGAGGGAGUGUUCCUGGUCACGGAGGACUACCCUCCCGGGGAGGAGACUAUCUUCAGAUCGGGCGACAGGAUCCUGGCCGUCGGAGACACCUCGGUCCGUGGGAUGAGCCCCGACAGCUUCCAGGAACUUCUUGAGAAGGAGACGGCCUCGGGGACCAGUACAAAGGUCAAGGUUCUCCCCCGCAUGGAGCGCUCGCCGCCGCCCCCCGCCUCCCUGUCCCUCCACAGUCUCGGCUCCAGCCUCGAGCUCACGGAGAAGAAACUGAACCGCCGUCAAUCUGAGAAACAGCUGCUGGACUCCAUCACUCUCAAAGUCUCAAACCUUCUCAGCAUGAAGGCCAGCGGGAAGCCCCGAAACGUGAUCAUCACCAGCUCCUCAGAAGGGUUCGGUUUCAAAGUCAUCGGAGGCAAUGCCGUGGGACUGUUUGUGUCGGAGGUGAAGCCAGUCAGGAAGGAGCUGUGCCAAGGAGACCAGAUCCUGGAGAUAAACGGACAAGACGCUCGCCACAUGACGCACUACGAGGCCUCCCAGCUCCUCAGGUCCUGCAGGGACAAGGUCCACCUCAAAGUCAUGGACAAUGGAGCAAAGUUCACGACCGUACGAGACCAGUUUGAAUUUGACUCGUUCUACAUGCGCUGCGUGGGAGACCACAAGGAGGCAUGCCUGAGGCCCAACACCGUCCUGCGAGUCGUAAACACCUUCCUCUUCUCCGGGCACUUCUGGCUGGCCUGGAUCGUGGACGAGAACGGGACAGACUGUGAACUGAGAAAGAUCCCCUCGCCCACAAAAGCCAAGCAGCAGUAUGGGAAGGAGGUGUAUGAAGAAAUGGAAGCUCCCUUCGCAGCACAACCAACCAAAGCAUAAACUUCUCACACACAGACCUGCAGUCACACAAACAAGAAGACUUUAAAAUUUAUUAUUCACAAUGUCACUCACACACCCCUUCAGAGUCCCCCUUACUCCCUCCUCCUUUUUUGUUUCCUCAUUGACCGUUUUUUGUUUGUGUAUUUUGUAUGUAUGUAUUGUUUUUUGAAUAUCGAUUUGAUAUAUUCAUGGCACUAAGUGCUUUGUGAGUGUUUUGCUGCAAAAUAUCAAUGUUUCUCCUCCAUCU